AUGCGUCGGAACUUUAGGACAUGUGGCUUGCUUCGGGUAGCUACGUCAACCACGAAGACAUCGCGACAUUUUUCGCCCACACUUUACCAACAUGUGACCCACAAAGGCUCAACAUACAGACAUCAAACGCCCCUCUUUUCUAUCAAAGCCUCGUUUGAGCCAUUUUUGUUUACUUUCGGGGAAUUGUUUUUUAAUGCCUGUCUUUUCCUUUCCUUCGUCUUUUUCUUUCCUAUACCUCUCUCUCUCUCUCUCUCUCUCUCUCUCUCUCUUCUCUUUCUUUUUCCUUUUCUUUUUUUUCUUUGUUCUUUUCUUUGUCCUUUUCUACUUUUCAUUAUUCCUUUCUUCUUUUUCUUUUAUGUAUUUUUGUUUAUUUUUUUCUUCUUUUUUACACUUUUUUAUCAUAUUUUCCCCUCUUUCUUUUGCAUCAUAUCUGUACAGAGGCCCUGUUUAUUUACUUGUUCUCGGUGUAAUGGUUAA